AUGACAGGGACGCCCACUUCUCCCUAUGGUGACCCAGGCGCAACUCCGACGGUGCCCACGGCGCAGCAGCUGAACAGAUCCUGUGAGUCUUGUAGAAGUCUCAAGGUCCGCUGUCUGCCCAACCCGGCCACCCCUAAUCAGUGCCAGCGAUGCGCCAAGGGGAAAAAGGCCUGCCUUUUCGUAGCUCCGCAACGGCGCCGGCCGCGCAAGCGGACUGACUCGCGGGUCGCCCAGCUGGAGAAAGAGAUGCGUAUGAUGCGCUCGCUGCUCAAAGAUCGUAUCCGCGAAGAGAGCGAGCCGGAAUCGCCGGACGGCAGUGACGGUGACCCUGCAGACAACGACGACGAUAUGCCCUUCCAGGAUCGACUGCCUUCGUCCAGCCACGCCUCAGGCUCUGCGGGUUUGAUGGACUACUCGCCAGAGCUGCUAAAUGCCGGCCACAAUACUGGCCAUCCAUAUAUUUCGACCAGAUUCUCGCCAGGCCCCGAAAUGCGCCAGCCUUAUGACGACGUCGUUGAUCGAGGUAUCAUCUCCCUCGAAGACGCGGGCCAACUCGUCUCUUUUUAUAACAACGAACUCGCUCCAUUUUUCCCUCUGGUCGUUUUGCCCUCAAAUACCACUGCCACGGCCCUGCGGCAUUCCAAGCCGAUCCUCUUCCUCUCCGUGAUCUCUGCCGCAGCGAUCGCCAUCGACGCAAAUCUAGCGGCUGUUCUUAAUCGGGAAAUGGUUCGAAUAUAUGCGGAACGCUUCUUUAUUGAGGGCGAAAAGUCACUCGAGCUGGUGCAGGCGCUGCUGCUCAUGAUUGUCUUUUAUUAUCCGCCAGACUCUCCCUUGAAACUGCAGUUUUAUCAGUAUACGCACAUCGCCUCUACCAUGGCUUUGGAGAUCGGACUUGCCAGUAAGCGCCGCGUAUCGAACAAGAAGUCCGGUGACAGAAAGAGCCGGUACGAGCCUUAUGACGAGCUCCUAGCAGAACAGGCGCGUGCAGUUCUCGGGUGCUAUAAUUUAGGAUCUACUGUCGCCAUGAAAACCCGCCGGCCCAAUUUGCUUCAGUUCAAUAACUGGAUGGCUGAGUGCGUUAAACACUUGGAACAAUCGCCAAACCGUAUAGACCAGCAUCUAGCGGUGUGGUUCGAGCUCCAGAGGAUCACCGACGAAGCAAUGGCAUCUUUCGGUCUGGAUGACACCAGCUCCGUCUCGAUGCUGACCGAAUCGCGUGUUCAGGCUGUGCUGCGGUGGUUCGAUAAGCGGGUGGAGGAAUGGAGAAGAAAGAUCCCAUCUGAGAUGCUGAAUGUGCCCUUGACCCUCGAAUACCGCGCCACCAUUCUCGCCAUGUACGAGUUAGGCAUAGGAGAAGGGUAUCGAGAACCUGAUGCUGUCAAGAACCGGUUCUACACUCUUCCCACCCCCGACGAAGAUGGGAGUCUGCAGGUACCGCUGAGUGCCAUCCGUAUUGAUAUCAACAUGAAAUGGAUGCACGCAGCCCAUGAGAUGCUCGACGCCGUGAUGUCCUGCAGCACGGACACGAUGCGCAAGAUGCCCAACCAUAUGUAUACCCGCGCUGUAAUUGCAAUGACCUCGCUUCUGAAGAUUCAUUUCUCGGUGCGCACGGGUGCUCUGAGCGAGGUGGUCACCACGGACACCGUGAACGUGAGCUAUUAUCUUGACGCCCUAUCAAACAAGCUGGGUGAGGCGAGCGGCGGUGGCAACUAUAAGAUUCCCAGUCGGUGGUACCACGUCGUCGCGGUCAAGGGCCGCGACUGGUAUACCCGUGUUGAGGCACGAUAUGCGGCUCAAUCGAGUAAUUUGGGACACAGCGUUGUCUCCGCGAGCCCGUCUACCGAAUCCGUGCCCGGCCAGAUGCCCGCCACCCAGGACCCAACAGCGCCCCCCGUAGAUCAUGUGCACAAUCCAUCCGCUAUGGAUUCCUUCUCUGUUCCUCAAAGCGUGGCUCAUAUGCCCUCGGGUAUUGGAAGCAUUCGCGAAGGUUAUGUUGCCAUGAGCGGCGCCGGCAUGUGGCCUGCAGACAAUGGCGCAAGCCAUAAUGCUGCUCUCUUCCAGUCGAUUCCAGACGGCUAUCAGAACCCGCAGACAACAGCUGGACUUGCACAGUUUUCUUUUGAUCCACAAAGGCAGCCGCAGAUGCCUGGUACAGGCAUGGAGCUGGAUGGGUGGUUGCCCGACGGCAGCAUUUUUGGUAUGCCACCAUUGCCGGAGUUUUGA